AUGACUUCACCGUUUAGGGGUUCUCCUUUCCUCUCUUAUAACAAUAAGCAGAGGGGUGGUUUAUCUCCAAACUCUGUGAAUAUCAACAAGAAAAACCCAUCAUCCUCUCCGAUCUCAUUAAAAUCCUUCUACAAUAUAAAGCUUAAAAAACAACAAGAACCUUUUUCGCCAACAACAACAGCAUCAAGUGAUGAGGAGGAAUAUGAUAGUCCAGAAAAGAAGAGAGAAAUGGCCCAGGAUUUAUUACGAAGAUCUCACCUUCGUCAAAAGAAAAAGAUUAAGGAAAAAUUGGAAAUCUACGUUGACAAGGAUAUUAGGCUAUUGAGGGAAGAAUCUGAGAAGCUUUCGGAAGAACGGUUCAAAGCUGUUUCCAACCAAGAACAGGAUCAUGUUGACUUUGUGAAGAAAAUGUUUGGUGAUUUGGAAAAGGUUUAUUAUGAGAGGAGUCAGCGAAAAAUGAGAUUACUGAACCGAUUAGUCUAUUUGAAAGCCAAACAAAUGAUUAAUAAGAUUGCAUUUGAAAGUAAUAUUGAGGAGAAUAUCAUUUCAACUGAUGAAAUUACAGAUAUUGCCCAUCAAAAAACAAGAGCAUGGAUGACAAAUAUUGUAGAGGAUAAUAUUCAAUCUCUGAAGGGGGAUUUUAUCUAUAAGUUCGAGGAAUUUACAAGAAUCACUCCUGAGGAGGAAAUCAAGGAAUUGAAGGAAUCAAUCUUUAAAUACGUAUCUCCAGUGGUAGAGAAGAAAAAGAGAGAUAGUAGCAUUGCAAGAAAAACACACUACCAAUCUAUUAAGGCAUGCAAAGAAAGAGUUCUUAAUGCUUUUACUAGAAAUAUUAAGAAUAAGUUUGAGAAGAAUUUUGAAGACAAGUACAAUGAAAAAGUUCAGCAAAUUAGUCUAGGAAAGGAAGCAGUGCAGUUAACACCUGAUGAAAUUAUCGAAUUUUUGGAAGCUGAUGUUGAAGAUUAUGAAACUGAUAUUGGUGUAAUUGAUGCUGAAAUAGAUAGAAUCAACAAUGAAAUUACUGAAUGGAGGGAAAAGAUUGAAAUGAAGAGGGAGUAUCACGAAAAACAAAAAGCUGCAAUUCAAAGUCAAAUUGAUUAUGUUUCCCAAUCAAAUCAAGAUCUACUCAAUAGUAUCACAAAGCUGAAGAAACAACAACAAGCUGUUAAACUGGCAGAUACAAAGUUUGUCGAAUCAGUUGGUGGAACAUUGUUAUCAGAAUUAAUUGAAAAGACACAUAGAAUUCUCAAAAGCGAUGUACCUAGACUUAAGAACAUGUCAUCAACCAUUGAAGAUGAAAUUUUAUCUUUGGAAAGAGUAAUCAUAGAAAAAGAAAACGAGGCCAAUUCACUUUCUGAAAAGAUGAAGUCUGAAGAAGAGUCAAUGAAUAAUCUCUCCAAGAGACUCAGCAUUCUGGGAGUUAGAUUGUACCAACAUGAGAAAAAUAUCAAGGUACUGGAAGAGAAUAAGAUUAGUGCCCAAAACGAAUGUGAAAAGAUUAGAUCCCAAUUAGAAACUCUAAGAAAAACGGCUCCCAAUAGACAACUUCGUUCGAUGGCAAGUAAUCAUGCAUAUGAAGAAAUGGCUAAAUCAAUAGAAACCAAUUGUACAAUAUUUUCUCAGGACUUGACAAAACACAAGGAAAAUAAUGAAAUGAUUAUUGAAUUUUUGAAAGAGAGAAGAACCAGACUCCAAGAAUUGUGUGAAUAUAACCAACAAAAGAUAAGGAAAUUGAUCAAAUAUUCUGGUUCCUUACAUAGUAUUUGCUCUCCUCAUGUAACUCUUGAGCAUUCAAUUGUAACCAUUUACCAAGAGGAACUCGAAAAAGCGUUCAAUAACUACAAGAGUACAAUACAGUCUAUCGCAAAGGAAUCUGUGAGAAAUGCAAACGUGGCAAAAUAUUUUAAUGAAAGAGCCAAGGGAGGAUGUGUUGUUUACAAAUUCUCGAAUUACAUGUUUGAAAACGACUUGUUAAGGUAUGAAAUGGGUGUUGAUAACCCUAAAAUUGAAAAAUCAGAAAUUGAGGCCUCAAUUCAAAAGCAGUUUGUAAAAGAUUCAAGAUUGGUUUUAUUACUAAACUUUUUACUUGAAAUAACAGGUCUCAGCCAAGAAUACAUUAUUCCAGACGGUCUAACUCCAAGUUAUUCUUCACUGUUAGAUAUGAUCCGUAACAAGAAUUUCCAUGAUCAUAAUGGUAUUUCAGUAUGUGAUUCAGCCAAAUCAAAGAAUGAGACCUCAUUCCUGGAUAACAAAAUAUAUGGAGAAAUUAACACUAUCUUCAUUAACGCAAUUGAAAAUCAAACAGUUGUUGAUAAGCAUGAUAUAAUGAACAGAAUUGACCAAUUACAAGAAUUAGUAUGUAAAAAAGAAGGUGUAAAUAUGGAUGAAUUGGAGCAGAAACUUCAAAAGAAACUUGUAUUGGUUCAGAGGGAAAAAGAGAGGGCAGCUGGAUUGCAGAAAGAGCUUGAAAGGAUUGAAAAGAAAAACCUGGAAACAUCCAAUACUACUGAAAGGGAAGUAAGAAUCAGAGUGAACAGUUUACCUUUGCCAUCUACAGAUACCGUGAUAUAUUUUGAUGAGGAAACCAAUAAGAUAGUGGCUGAAGAAAGACAAACUAGAAAGAGAAAUUCCUCCUUUUCCCCACGUAGUUUGAUUUCUAAAAUUGAAAGUGCCAAGUCAAACUCUCAAAAUCAAAAUUAG